AUGCAGCUAGCGGAUCCAGCACAGUCUUAUUCAUUCAUUCAAAGCAAUCCCUUUCUCAAAGGUAUAACAUUGCGCAUGACCUGGCACAUCAACUUUUCCAGAGUAAAGCUAGUUCGUGUUGUUGGCUGGGACAACCUCUUCGUUUUGCUGUCGCUGCUAUGCAGCAUCAUUGCCUUAUCAUCUGUCCGCUACGGGGCUGUAUUAGGAUUCGGUCAACAUACUGCAGUAAUUGUCGCACAAUUUGGCAACCAGCGGCUUUUCAAAGGCGCCUUGAUCCGUAUUCUGGGAUACCCAUCGUUUGCCGUCAUUACGAUUGCCCUAGCAUUUACACAAUGCCGACCAACCCAGAAACUAUGGGAAAAGUCAUUGCCAGGCUCGUGCUGGAAUCCGAAUAUUCUCAAUAGCUUUUCGUACUGGUUCUGUGCGUACACGACAUUCACGGAUGUGGUUUUGACAGUGGCGCCCGCAUGCACAUUCUGGAAUCUACAGAUAGCUUGGUCCACCAAGAUUGGCCUCAUCGUAAUGAUGAUUUGGAAGCCUGUAGCGCUAAUAAUAUGGGGCUUAGUAGAACAAAACAUCGUCAUUAUGGCCGCCUGUGUACCCACGAUGCGACCUUUCUUUCGCCGCACAUGGAGGUGUAAUUUUUCAACCAAGCCAGGGGCUCGAUCUAGAUUUCUAGCUCAAGAUCCAUUCACAUAUACAAAAGGAACAAGAAGCCCACUCAAGUGUCAGUCUGGGUCGAUCUCCGAUGUUGCCUUGACCCAUUUCGAAUUACACGGGGACCGAUUUGACCAAAUGGUACAUGGGGGCAUACUGUAG